AUGACAAUUACCUACACAUUAGAAGUAAGCCGAGCUCGCUUCUGGGGCUUUGUCAAGCUUCUGGGACGAUGGAAGGGAUCUGUUUAUCGACUGAUUUACCGCGAAAUGUGCGCUUUUCUGGUCGCAUACUACAUUAUCGCUUUCACUUACCGGUACUCUAUGUCACCAGCAUGGCAAACGUAAGUGUUAUAGUUUUAAAAUACGUAGAUUUGAGUUUCAAUUGUGGUUUUUGGGAGUUUGUUUAACAAAUGAUUUUUUGUUACCUAAAUUUUGCAAAAAUCAAAAUUUAGGUAAUAAAAGUGGAUCAAAUAUAGUUUUUGAAUCGAUACGAGCUUAAAGCAUGUGUUUUAGUAUAAAUCAGAAGUAUUUUUGGUAUCAACUGAGAACCUUUUGAAUAUUCAAAUGUUUUUGACUUUUGAAGCUUGUGUAACAUGUUCAAACAGCUUGUUCUCAUGCAAAAAGCUAGGCCAGUUGUUGACCAGACAUAUUGUUAUGGUUUCCCUUGAAGGCCUCUUUUGUUUUGACCAUUAAUUUGCACUUUUAAAUGAAUAACUAAUCCAUCUUCCAGCUGGUUCGAGUCCUUUGCCAUCUACUGUAGAGAACUGUUAUCAGUAGUCCCUAUCACCUUCAUUCUGGGCUUCUAUUUGAGUUUUGUGGUGGGAAGAUGGUGGCAACAGUACAUGGCCAUACCUUGGCCUGAUAGGUAAGAGCUUAUGUAAAUUACAACGAUUAUAAUCUAAUCUUUUUCUGAAAUGAGGAUGUUCUUGCUGUGGCAUUUGAUUAUUUGAGAAUGUAUUAGUUUUAUAUUAAUAUAACAUUAUCAAAUGUGGUUUUCAGGUUGGCCAUUCAAAUAUCUGCGUUCGUACAAGGUAACGACGAACGAGGUAGGAUCAUACGACGAUCUCUUGUCAGAUAUCUCAAUCUCAUAUCUGUUUUAACAUUUCAGGUAUAGUUUUACAGACAUGUAGAAACUGUAUAAAAUUUCGAAGGUGCAAGAAACCUUCAAACCUUCCCUAGAAGUAUUUUUAAUAAUGUACUGAUAAGUAAACAAGUAAACUGAUAAAUUACAGCAAACUUCAACGAUAAUAAAAUGUCGUUUUCCAACUUUGGAUCACAUGGUCGAAGCCGGAAUCAUGACGUCGGAAGAGAAGACAGAGCUGGAGAACACUCCAACGCCUCACGGAAUUUGGUAGGUAUCUUUGAGGAUUAGAGCUCUGUUGCAUAGUUUAUGUUAUCAUUUAGAUUUACAGUAUGGAUUUUGUUAAUUUUUAAAGACAUUAUCGCUUUUUUGAUGCUUACUGUAACUUUCAGGUGGGUUCCAGCACAAUGGUUUGGUCAACUGGCAAUGAAGGCGAGGAAAGAAGGUCGGAUCCACGACGAUCUUCAUCUGAAGAGCUUGAUUGACGUAUGUUAACAUUAAAAGUAACUAGUAACUUUAUAUAUGAGGAGCUUAAACAGUACUAACUUUUCAUGUAAUAGUACUAGAUGUAUUCAAAUUCUUUAAUAUUACUAGAUAAUUUCUAAGUCAAUGCCUAAAACUACGUUUAAUCAAAAACAAUGUUUUUAGGAAAUGAUUGAGUUCCGUGGUAUGUGUGGUACCAUUUGGUCGUACGAUUGGAUCAGUGUACCAUUGUCCUACACGCAAGUUGUAGCCAUUGCUGUGUACAGUUUCUUCGUAUCUUGUCUCUUCGGUCGACAAUAUUUGUUUCAAAACCCUCAACACUUCGUAAGUUAUCCUUAGGGUUUCACUUUGAAAAUACUACUUAGAGAGUAGUUUUCAACGGGUUAGUGAAAUCUCGGGGAAUGCGUUUCCGGGGAGUACAUUUUCGGGGAGGAAGUUUCGGGGAAUGGUACUUUCGGGGAAUGUAAUUUCGGGGAAUAUGUUUUCGGGGAAUAAUAUUUUCGGGGAGUGAACUUUUCGGGGAAAAUUUUUUUAAAAAUUUAUUUUGAUAUAAAGUCCUAAAAAAUUGAUACAGUAAGUUGUGAAUGACUAAAAAUAAUUUGAUUAUAGCUCUAUAUUAUUAAUAUAUAAUGUAUAAAUAAUAUUCAAACCAAAUAAUUUAGUAUAAUUGGUGGAAGACUGAAUCCCCACCUGACUAAAUCACGUAUUCCUUUUUGCCCUGACUGAAUCACAUACUGACCGAAUCACAUGUGCCUUUAAUUGUUGUGAACGUUGACGUCUACCGUGAACGUUGCUAUGACACUUUUUUUGUAUACUUUUAAUGUAAGGUCACAUGAUAAGUAGAAUACCGUGAACAUUAUCGUACUGCGCCGUGAACUUUAUAAAGUUACUGUUUUUGUAAUGGUUUCGUAAAAAUAUCAGAGAGUAAAUGUAAGAUAUCGUUAUCAUUGUACUUGAAAAACAUAAAAAUUAGAACUUUCACGGCACGGUACGGUACAAUAACUUUCACGGUACUCUACUUAUCAUGUGACCUUACAUUAAACCUAUACAAAAAAGUGCCAUAGGAACGUUCACGGUACGAUGUCACGUUCAUGAUAAUUAAAGGCACAUGUGAUUCGGUCAGUAUGUGAUUCAGUAAGGGUAAAAAAGAAUAUGUGAUUUAGUCUUCCAAUUGAACUAGAUUAUUUGGUUUGAAUAUUAGUUAUACAUUAUAUAUUAAUAAUAUAAUUAAUAUAAUCAAAUUAUUUUUAGUCAUUCAUAACUAUAUGAAAAUAUUAUAAAUUUUUUAAAAAAUUUUCCCCGAAAAGUUCACUCCCCGAAAAUAUUAUUCCCCGAAAACAUAUUCCCCGAAAUUACAUUCCCCGAAAAUACCAUUCCCCGAAAAUUCCUCCCCGAAAAUGUACUCCCCGAAAACGCAUUCCCCGAGAUUUCCCUUUCCCGUUUUCAACAACAUACGAAGUGUUUUUGAAAGCAACCUUACAAAGGCGGAUUUGUAUGAUUAUGAUGUAUAUUUUGACUGGGGUUAUGGUAGACAAUGGUUUUACAAUACUUUAUGAAACUUGUUUUGGGUUUUGCACAAAGUUCAUACCUAAAAAUUAAGAUAAAGCGCAAAGCUUCAAUAUUAUUCUUUCUAUGGCAUUUGGUUACCUUCUCUUUAAAUUUACUGGCUAAAAUUAUUAGUUUUAGGACACAGUACCAGGAUUCGAUGUGGAUUUUUACUUUCCAGUCUUCACAAUCUUCCAAUUCGUAUUUUAUGUCGGGUGGCUGAAGGUAGCCGAGGGGAUGAUAUGUCCGUUUGGAGAAGAUGAUGACGACUUCGAACUCAAUUGUAAGCUCUACAAUACUAAUUUUACGUUUUUUAUCACAAAAAUACCUUCUAAACCUAGCUAGGAAAGUUUACAUUUAAAUAUUCCUCAAUCUACACACCCCCAACACAAUAAUAACAUGGCUUCUCUAAUAUGACCUACCUUCGAUUUUAGGGAUUAUCGACCGCAACAUCCAAGUAUCGUAUCUUAUCGUCGACCAGAUGUACAUGAAUGGUCCCAAGGUGGGUAAGGAUGCUCUGUGGGGUGAGGUGGAGACAGACAUACCUUACACUCAAGCGGCUGCCAACUACCGUCAAGCUCCUUACUUCGGGUCGACUCAAGCCAUGAAUAUAACAGAUCGACAGGCAGAAUGGAAUGUUCCAGAACAAAUGCCAAUCAUCGAUGAAGAAGCUGGCGCCACGAUGAGAGGAAGCAAGGACGGGAUUCUGGGUUUGAGUAGGGAAGCGCUCAAGUUUGCACGAAGGCGGAAGAAGAAGAUUCCUAAAGGUAAGACACAAUGUUAUCCAUGGUUAUUUUUGGGUAAUACAUAAUUCAUUUGAUCGAAAAGUAAAUAUAAACUUGACCGGCUUAUUAAGAAGUAAUAUAUGAAGUAUGUUAGUAUUUUUUAUAGCAUUCCAGGUUGUUUCUUGUUGAUUUUUAAAAACUGGGUCAAGUUUCAUUUUCAGUUUAUCUUUUUGAGUCAACUUCUUCUUUCACGCCUUUUUUGCCGACAAAAUUUUGUAAACUUACACAACAUUGUUUUCAGAUGAAAAAUCGAUCGAUAACAUUGACGAAAUUGACAACAGAAGCGACUCAGUAGGUACGAGUGAUAUGCAUUCGGAUCACAGUUCAGAUGAGGAAGAUCGACAUUCCACUGGAUCUACGUAAGUUAAUAUAAUUUUUGAUGUUUUACGUCAUUUUUACAGGAGUUAGAAGUAGGGGCGUUUAAAUUUAAGGCGAGAAAGACAAUUUUGUGCUUUAAAAGUGUAAAAUAUUGCAAAAACUAUUAUUUUAAGUAUGUUGUGAUCAAUUUACUAUUAUUUUUGGGUAUUUAAAGGAGUAAAAUUGACUGAGCUUUGAGUAAAGUUUGAAUUUUAGCCAAGUCGACGAGCGUAACAAACGUAGAAGAUUAGGCGAUCUUCUUCCCGGCUACUCGAGGACGAAUCUGGCUUCUAGAUUGGGAUCAAAACUGUCAUUAAACUCAUUGUAUUCGAAUAGAAAAAGGACUUCCUACAAGUAAGUUGUAGUAUUUUAAAAGUUUGUGGAAUCAAAAUAUGUUAUUCAUUAGGCUUAUUUUUUAAAUUAAACAAAUGGUAUUGAAAGAAGAAACUAUUGUACUUGCAGAGCUAAGACAUCCCCAUCGAUUGGGCGAAACAAAUCAGCUAGUCGCGGCCGAUUGAUUCGACAUUUGAGUCGAGCUUCAAGUCCAGGACAUCUCGAGAAUAAUCCCGAAGUUGUAAGUUCAUCUUUCUUAUUAUAAUGAAGUUGUAUUUUUGUGGUUAGCUGUUUGAUCACAAAGUAUAUCACAAAUAUGGGAAUUAUGACGGUUACAUUGGUAUUAUAAACUAAAUUAUUUUAUAAUAAGGCUCGAUCUCUUUCAGACAUUCAGUGACAUUGGCCCUCUCAUGCACAGUUCUCAGCAAAUCGACGAAACCACGAACACCGACACGAACCCUCAACUGUCACAUCUGUCAUCGUUUGCUCCAAUUCAAAUCGAUGUACCGCCACCGUUGGCUGAAGAACCAGAACAAUAUUACAAUAACUCUGGCAGUGGCAGUGACACGACUUCACAACAACAACAAAACUCACAUUCGAGUGGAGAUCCUUCUAUAUCGACCAGUCGGACUCUGCUCAUACCUAAUAACACCAAGGAGAGCUAA